AUGUACGAUAAACGCAGGAUUCGUCGCGCGACGCUCCGCGUCUACGUAAAUGCUGCUUCGGGCAAAACAAGGAUGCGUAAGGUGGCUUUUGUUCAGCAGUGGACGUCUUUGAUGAUGAUUAUAUUACUAAUUGGAGCAUUCAUCAUCAUCUUCAUCAGUCUGAUUACGUCCUCUGCUGAACAUAGGUCUCCCGAAUUGCCAACCACUGAGCUCAAUGUUCAGCUCUUCUCAUCCAAACACUGCCAAUUGGAGUGCAGUGAUAGCUUGCCACCAUCUACAUACCGCUUCUCUAUUUUCAAUCUAAUAAAUUUUAAUGUCAUUAGACUUCAAUUGAUACAACUGACACCCACUUGUACGGCCGUAUCCAAAUACACUCAGGAUGCGGGAGCUAGCACGCAUUCUACAGACAAUAGAAGCGUACCGUUUCCGUAUGACAUGAUAACCGUCACCCUGGCCUCGGUGAACAUCCCGGAGACGCUACAAAAGCGUGAGACCCAACAGCAUCCUGAAUACAAUGUGAUUCUGUACAAGCAGGCCGCUGUAUGCCUUCAACGUAUACCUUUUUUUGUGAGGGGCAAAUCAUCAAAUCAGUGUCAGACUCGUACUGACUAA